AUGGCUGAGAACGAACACAUUAUGACGACGAGAGCCAAGCAGAGAUCCAGGGCUGGUGCCUCUAACGACACAACCCCUACAGUCUUACCAGCUGUUCCCGAAUCCACGACUAUCACCAAACGUACCUCCAGCACAAAGUCCAAGGCACCUAGUACCAAACCUGUCACCGCCACUACCUCAAGAUCAGCUGGAAAGAAGUCCGUAUACAAUCCUGAUCUAAGCUCAGAUGCCGAAGACAACGUUACCGUCGCCAUACCCGGCAGAGGGAAGAAACCUGUCUACAACUCAGACCCAGGCUCAGAUGCCGAAGACAAUAUCACCGUCCUCCCACCCCCUAUCACUACACAGCCAAAAUCAAUCAAGGGCAGGGGGAAGGAGCGUCAAGUCAGCAACGUAUCAAGCACCCUCAACGACAACAUGCAAGCUCUAUCAUUCAAAGACCCAAUGCCACCUCUCGCCUUACUCACCAACGGCAAACAACGCACUGCUACUACGCACAAAGCCACUCCCAAGAAAGCUACAUCCAGGAAGCCAAAGACCAAACCUCCAACCUCAGACUACGAGUUUUCUGACCCUAUUCCUGCUGCGCAAACCCCUGAAUCUCGUGCUGUGCACCCCGAGUACCCAAAUUUGCCUCCUGAAGUCCCCGUCGAUGAUGAAGGUGUCCCCACAGCAUACUACGCCAAAGUGGACGGAAAGGUGAAGAUCUGGGGCAAGAAGCGCGGUGACUGA